AUAAAUGUGGUGCAAGUAAGUCAAUGAGGAAUGCUUUAACUAAGUUGCUAGAGAACCAACCAGAUGAUGCUUUAGGCUUCCUUGCUCAAUACUUCGAGAACCUGGAUAACAAAUCAAGUCGUAUCAGAUAUGCCUAUCAAGAGUUAACAUUGUCUCACUACAGCCAAGUUACAUUUGAGAGCAAUGCCCUUUCAGCUUAUGACAUUCUUUUUUCAGGCUCAGCUCAGAAGAAAGGAAGGAGUUUAUAUGGCUCUGCUUUUCAUGAUCUACUGAAUUUAAUUUGCAAGGAUAUUCCAAGUCCACUAGUAGAGAGAUUGAUGAAGAAGAUAUGUUGCCGUGACUAUGAAGUAGUCUCUUUUCAGACCUUUUAUUCUGGAGUGCUUGCAUGCUUUGUUAUCAUUGAAUACAUAUACGAAACCACAAAUUUAUAUAAAGUAAUGGAUGCAAGUGGAAAUAACUCAGUCAAUCGCUAUCUCUGCACUAGUGCUCUCAAACAACUAGCUGAUUCACUCGCAAUACCGUCAGCUUCACAAACUCAUAUGUUAGAAGCAGGAUCUAUGUUGAGUUCCGAUGAAUUAGGAAAGGCCAUGAAUGAGGCAAUAUAUUUGGGGAAAGACCGAGGAUCAAUUAUGAAGUUAGAAGAAUUUGUUGAGCAAUCAGCAAUAAUUUACAUUGACCAUAUUAAACCCCUGCGGUAACGCUUCAUUAAAUAAGACAGCAACACAGAAUCAUGAUAACAAACGGACCUCGGACACAUUUUGUAGACGAGUGGGUUGGUACGAUUUUGUCUGCCUAUUUUCCAACCAGGCUUACAGUGGAUAGAUGAUGGCACAUAUAUUUGUACAGUUGGUAGUAUGUGGUAAUGUUGAUGUUGGUCCAGCAAUGAGGGAAGAUGAAAAUGGAGAUUGGAUGGAACUGGAUGGUGCUGUAUAGUCCCUAGUAAAGGGGGGAGAUUGUUACAUAGACCCCAAGAAAUGUAGAUGAUUUCAUGAUUCCUAGGGAAUGGGAGAUGAUAUUCUAAGGCCGGUUUUCCACUAGGCGAAUUUAUUCGCGCAAAUCGAAAACGUCGUUCAUGCGCAUUUCUAUCAUGAAAUUGGUAGGUCGAAGUAGUAGUUCUACUUUUUGUGAAGCGAAAAAUGUGUGCAACCAAUCAAAGCUCUAGAACUGAACCGACGCCUUCUAUUCGUGCGAAUAAAUUUGCCUAGUGGAAAACAGACUUAAGGUUGCUGAGAGAGCAGAGUCUCUUUUGAGGGAAUACUAGACAAAUGCAUUGUCUCAAGGGAAGGGAGAUUGUUGCAUAAAUACCCAAGUACAGUACUGUAGGGCAAAUUGAUGCAAGGUUCCCAAGUCUCCUUCAAGUCGCAGAAACCUCCCUAAAUUCCGGAAGGCCUCCCCACUCCCAUGAGUAAGCAAGAGUGUUCUGGAAAAUAUCCCAUUGUCCAUAAAUUAUUUUGCGACAUUUUUGUGGUUUUACUAUAUCAGUACUCUAUUAUCAAUUUUCUCCCGGAAGGCAUUGCCAAUGAGUAUUACAGCAAAUUUGUUAAGAUAUGUUAGUAGGUAUUUCUUCCAACAUGGGACCCAUGUGGAUCUGUGUAAGAACCUACAUUUAUAUGAAUCUAGUAACUUGAUCAUGAUCAUCAAUAUGACAAAUUUUGGUUUUGUGAUAUAUUAUCUAGUAAAGGUUUUACCUCAAGAACCUGAGCAUUUAUAGAGUGGAUGUGCACUAUAUAAAUCAUAUUUAUAUUUUUUUUAAAUUAAAAAAUAUCUCUUUUAAUCAUCCUAAUGUAUGGAUUACUUCAUACCAAAUCUAAAUUAGAUUAUUAUCUAUUAAUUGUGUGGUACCCUGAUAAUAUCUUGCUCUCAAUUGGAAAAUAUCAGCUUGGCUCAUAUCUUGGUUUUUAUAUAUAUACACACAUGUGUGUGUGUUUUGAUAUUGACUAUUUGUUUUUGUUAUACCACCUGCAGAUGGUUAUUUUUGUAGAAAGUUAACGUUUUGUAAUUAAAUAAUAUAUUUAAACAUACCUGUAGGUAAAAAUUAUUUUUUUGGCCAUUAACAAAAUAUGAAAAAAACUAAAAUUAUGAGAUUAUAUGAAAUUUACUGUUUUCUAAUAAACCAUCAUAUAUCAAAAUACAGCUUGUAGAAUGAUAAUAAAUAAUUUGAGAAAAAUGUAUAUCCCCAUCGGGAUUAGAACCCAAGACUUCGACUCUACCAACUCAAGGCCAAGUGAUUUUUCAUCCUUUGCAAGAUCUGUUUUGAAAGGUGGGGUUACAGUCGUGAGUCCACACCCACCUCAGCCCUCACUGCCCUCUCUGAAUCUUAUUGGUAUCUGUUGUUUUCUAAAUAAUAUAGAAUCAAGUUUAAGCUCUUGAGUUUUGCUCUCGGCAUCAGUGAAUAUUUUUUGAAAGUGCUCUUUACUCCUUUGAAUCUUUGGAAUGUUUCCUGGGUUAUUUUCACGGCUUCAAGCAUACUGCUUACAGUCAUUGCACGUCUGGAUGCCACGAUUCAAGUGUUUGAGACAAUCAAUGAUACUAGUCAAUGCUAAAAGCAUGCAUUUCCCCGAUAGCAAUCCUUUACAAAGACUUUGCCUGUGAUGCAGUGGUAAUCGCAACUCGGCUUAUGCUUGUUGAAGCGUGUCUAAUAUGUCAGCAUAGUUCGUGAGGACCGACUUGACAGCAUCACCUUGUGUUAGUCACCGUGUUGGACAGAUUGGUUUUAUCCUUGAUGGGGCUUGUCCUGUCUGGUUAUCUGAAUGCAGAUUUUGACACACAUUUUUAAGCUUUCCGGAUGCUUUGAAAAAGUUGCAAAGUUCUUUAACCAACGCCAAAGCAUCCCCGAAGAAAGGUGCAUUCUGAAUGGAAUAAGAUGUUACAAGAUGUGUAACGUCUGCGCCGCAAUGAUUGUAGCAAGCAAGCAGCUGGAUCUUUUCAACUUCUGCCUGACAUCCCUUGUAACGAUCAGUGAUAUUACUUGCCUCAUAUGUCUGCUCAUAAAUUCUCUACUGGCAGUUAAGUCCGACAAGCACAUCCUUCAGCAUAAUACUUAGCGCCUUUCCUGAUGUAGUGUUGACUUCAUACAGACCCCAGAACUCCUCGGAUGUGAAAUGUGAAUCUGCAUACUGAGCAAAAAUUGGUUCCUGUUGUGACCAGAGACAUCCUGGGUGCCGUCUACAAUGAUACCAAAUUGUGCAUCCAACCUAACUUCUGAGCAGAUUUUACUGAGAACUGCAUUGCUCAUAAGUUUCACAAGUUCUGAAUCUCUGCCAGUAUAGUUAGUUUUUCACAAAUCAUAAAGUGGGAAUAGUAGGUACUUGUUUUACCUACUGUGCAUUGGAAGCAAUUCUUGUAAUAGUAAAUCAAGUGCCACUAGCAGUGGCACUUACCCCAGAAGAGGAUGAAUCUAAAGGGUUAUCAUCAUUACUGUUAUUUAUAUAUAACAAAUAAUAAUGGUUGGAGUGGUUGUAUGCUGCCUUGGUAAAUGGCAUUGGAUAUCUCCUUAAUCGAUGAUGAUGUUUAUCUCUAAAAUAGUAACGUAUAACAUUAUAUCAUUAACAUCAUAACCUCAAAACAUUAUGAAAACUAUAAUUAGAAUAAAGGUGAAAUCACAAUCACAGCGCAGCAGAUUACGCUGCACGGUAUCUACAUUAUACAUAGCGAACGCAUACAGGCACCGCUACAUCACUACACCAGUACGGGUGCCAUAGCCUAGGCCUACCGUAACUUCUAGCUGGUCAGUACUGUAUACUACUAAACAUCAUAUUGUUACCACAGUACUAUCAGGUGAUUCUAAAAAUAAUAAUUAGACUGAAGCAUAUGGUUAAUUGAAUAAUAACUAAUUAAAGAUAUAAUUACUUACAUCAUUUAUGCAUCAAUUGGUAAUAGGCCUAGUUCUUCGUAGAAAUAUGGUACCCUAACAACAAGGCGUCAGAGGGUGCCUUAACUAAACUCAUUAACAUCAAACAAAAUUAUAACUUAGCACAGUUCGUUACAAUGUCGGUUAGGUUCAUCUAAGUUAUCAAUAACAUUUGAAUUGUGCAAUUUUGCCCCACAAUCACCAUUACUGUCUUACACCACCACCAUUAUCUUCAUUAGUGAUCUCAUUUGUUACUUCAUAAUUUUUAGAAACAUUAGCCAUAAUUUAACCUAGAGUAUUAUUUUGUUCAUGAUAUGCUUUUAACAUACAUUAUUAAUGUGGCACAAUUGUGUGCUCUUCCUUCUCCCUGGGGUUGCUAUGGUGUAGUUCAUAUCGGUAAGUUUUUCCUUAACUACGUACGGACCUAGAAACUUGGAAUGGUUGGUUGGGGAUAGGGAUAGUACAAACACCUUAUCUCCUGUAUUUAAGUUUCUAUUCCUAGCAUUCCUGUCAAACACAGAUUUCAUCUUGCCCUGUGUAUCUUUCGAAUUAUCACUAGUUUUCUGACAAGCAUCUCUAAGUCUACUCUUAAAACUAAUUACAUACAAGUAGGAAAAAAAAAUGUUAUUGAAAGAACAAUAAUAUAAUGAAAGUAACAUAAAAUUACAUAUAAAAUACUAGAAAUUAAACAGGGCCAUCAAAACUUGUGAUUUGCAAGCUUCUGUCUUAAGUCAUCAUAAGUGUUUAAAUUCAAGGUUUACCUGUAAUAUUGUUUCUAAUUUCUAUCUUAAUGUCCCUGUUCGUAGACUUCGUUCUAAGCCUAUUUUAAAUGUACAAUUCUCACGUGUUAAUGUUUGUAAAAAUGGUAUUUUUGGUAGACUGUCUUCGUUCUAUAAUAAUUGUGUUUGUAAUUAUCCUGAAUUUGAUAUUUUUCAUUGUAGUUUCUCUCAGUUUAAAUCUAUCACAUUUGAGUCUGUAAAAUAACUUUAGGUUUU